GUACAGUAGAACUGUCUUGACGUCCGUAUUAAAGGUUUUCACUUUGGUAUUGGUUGACAGUCGUUUUGAGUUCUGUAUGUUCUUCAACUGUAGAAAUGUUGUCCUUGCUUCGCCAAUCCUUUCCUUUACGUCUGCAUCAGAUCCUCCUUGUUCAUCAGUGAUGUUGUACAGGUACAUAAAAGUUAUCAUCUCCCAUAUGGUUUAGAUUUUUCCUAAUCUAAUUUUCUGUCUUCUGUUCUCUUAAUAAACUAUGAUCGGACACUAACAAUAGGUUUUGGUUUAUACUUUAAGACUAUUUAUGAUCACUUUUUCACGCACCUGUCAACAUACAUUAUUCGUUAUUUACAUUUCUCGCUUUGUAUUUUAACCAAAGUUCCCAUAUUUUAUCAACUAAAUGCGUACUUGUAAAGUAUUUCUUCAUCAUUACCACUUCACUACCCUUUUUCCCUCAACCAUUUGUCCUGUUUUUUUCUCUACAUUUGUUAACUAUAUUUUAUGUAUAAAAGUGUUUUGUAUCCUCAGCAGAUCAAUAAGGAGCAAAAUUGAAGUGUCGCUACGAAAUGGUAUUCCAUAGAAAUCGCAAUGCGUGUAUUUGCAGUGAUUAAUGAUUGCUGGUUAAAUUAUUGAAAACUUAUAGAGUUAGCGUUGUUUGCGAAACUUAUUUCAUACAUGUCUUCACAUACACUUCACUAAUACCAGGAAAUAUAUUAAAUUCGGUUUCGUAAGCAGACCGGUUGUGAAAUUGGCAUUUCUCACAUUGCUCUAGACUGUACACAUUGGCAGUGAGAGGCUUUGUUUUGAUGUAUGCUUUAAAUGGUUACGUCAGGUUUCCUACUAAUGGAUACUGUCGAAAAAAUGGGUAGUAACUUUAGAUAGUACCAACAGACAAAAAUCCACAACUAGUGCAUUGAAUUUCAAAGCUUUAGUUUUAUAUCACACUUCUUGUUCAGGUAUCACAUGAUUUAUUCCCAGUUUUUAGUUUCCACUACAAUCGAUCUUAUUACUUCACUUUAUUUGAUUUAAUCCUGCUAAUUUCUUUUCAUUAUAGUUAUAUGAAGUAUAAAUCCUUAGGUCGAUGCAUGUUUUGUCCAGGUCUUAGGUUUUUGAUGGAUAAAUAGUACUGAACAGAGUUUUACCGGCAGUGGUUACAAAAAUCAAUACAUUUUUCUCGGAAUUUCUAGUUUAUUUAUUUGAACACAUAAAUAUUGGUACAGGAGGGCACCAAAUAUAUAUGCGCCACACAAAACAAUGAGAAUUGCAGAGAAGGAAAAAAAGUAAAGAACGUAAAAAAAACGAUAACGAACAGAUUAGUGUAAGGUAGUGUAAUAAUAAUAAUGGGGGAAACAGAAACGUACACUCAGAAGAGAUCUUUCAGUUAAGGAAGAAGCAACCACUUUUUAUGAAGAAAUUAAAAGGUUACAGCAGGAUCGCCAAUGGCUUCUAUUCUGAGCCAUAUCUGAUAACGUCUCUACUCGAGAACGUUUAGAUAGAAUCGAAAAUCCACCAUAGGCGAGCUGCUGUAUAAGUCGCAUAAUAAGGAUAGACAGAGUAGGAAUAAAAGAGAGUGAAUAAAUGACGUAGUAAAUAAUAACAAUAGUAAUAAUAAUAAUAAUGUGAAUCGUUUGAUUGUUAAUUGAAGCAAGAAAAGUAUUUUCCAUAAUUAUCGACAGUUCAUUAUAUUUGUGUGUGGGCUGUGAUACUGCUCGGAUGCCCAGACCGAAGCAGGUGGUUAUCUUAGGGGGCCACACCCCGAGCCUUCGACCUGAAGGUCUGAUCCACAAGGCAGUGGAGCAUCGUAAGGAGAUGCAGUCCCAUGGUAGCCGGUGACCAACGAUUGGUUCAUACGCCAUUUGUUCCCUUGGGAUACUGGAGCCCAUGUGAACCAAUGGUUUGGAAUCCGGUUAAAGCGCCGGACAUUCGCUUUUCGUCUUCUCAUUUUCGUAAACAACACCCCCACCACGAGGUGAUGAGUAGGACUUCCCUGUCAGAGGCUGUAUACGCGUGGUCGUGAGAGUAUUUCAAGGGGGAGGGCGGGCCCACCCCACUCUCGGCCAUACCAGGGCAUUUGGGGGCAAUUUUGUAGUUUAACAACAAACACACUAUAGUCUGUUCAGAUCUUCUUUGUUUAUAUAAACACAUUUGUCUCCUGCUUGAGCACAGAUUUAUUCUGAAAUUUAACAUUAUCUUAAAUUAUCUUAUGGUGCUAUUAAUAAAGACUAUACUUUAAUUGGAUGCAGUUAUUAACUCCAUUGAAUGAAGUUCUCUGUUUUAGGAGGCUUGUGUUUGUGACAUUUCUCAUCGCAAUUGAAGUUAAACACUUUUAGACCGUUUUAAACAUGAAUAAUCAAUAUAAUUAUCAAGCCGAUGAUCGGAUUCGUCAGCAACAGGCUAAAGUUCAGGAGGUUGUUGGUAUAAUGAAAGACAAUGUGAAUCUCGUAUUGGAAAGGGAAACUCGUUUAGCAGAAAUCGACACUCGGGCUGAUGAAUUGCAAGUUCAAUCCAAACAGUUUCAGGCAGUUGCUGGUCGUGUACGAAGAAAAUACUUUUGGCAAAAUAUGAAGGUAAAUUGACAAGGAGAAAAAAAUAAUGUUUCGUUAACGAUAAGUUAAUGGUUUGUUGAAGCUUUUAAUUUUAUGCCAUUUUUAUAGGAUUUUCCAUACCUAAAUGUGUUAUUGGAUAAUAAGCAUUUUCUAUUUGUCUCGAAAAAAAGUAAUGGAUAUUUAGUUAUGUAUUGUCUAACAAAGGUGUUCUAGGCUACUGUGUUACUGUUGCCAGAAAAACAAAAAUGUAAAAGCAGAUAUGAUGGAUUGACUGGGUAAAUGGACACAAAGAAUUCGACUGGUAAGGUUAGCAAACUCUAUUCCAAACAAGUCGCAUAUUCGUCUUAAUGUUCAUAACAAGCUAUUAAUGUAAAAACGUUUUAUGUUCUCUGGUUAUCACAGAACCAAUUUUUAUAACGGUUCGUCUUUGCCUUAUGCACAGGUGGUUUCAUUAAAGGUUUGUAAAGGUGAUCACUUUUCGGAAAGUAACCAAUUCAGUUUUAACACCUCAAUAUUAUCUUAACCUUCACUUCAUGUAUAACAUUUGGAAAUAAGAAAUUUAAAUGAUUCGCCUUUCAAAUAUAUCCUUACGUACUUCAAUAAUUUUAUUUUAAACUCGAUUUCUGUUAUGAUCUUAUAUAUUUGCGCAAUUCUACAUGCACUUCUUUUAUGCUCCUUCUCAUCUUAAUUUCAGUCUUUAUCUCUGUAGCUUGUAUCUGUUGAAUUUCUGAUUCAUCUUAGAAGUUUACAAAUAGUUUCUUCUUGAAUGUAGUAUUUCAGUCGUGUAAUCGACGUCGUUAUUCUGUAAUCACAUGUUUCGUCGAAACUUUUCACUGAUUCUGAAAAUACCUAGGAGAUUUAUUGAUAUCAUGGAACCUCCAUAAGAAACGAAAUCAGGUAAACUGAUUAUACACAAUCACUUCACCUACAUUAUUUCAAAUCAUGAGUUAACUUCUGUAGGGCUAUUUACUCUGACCAUCCCUCCUCAACUUUUCAUCGAUAGCAUUGUGAAAACAGCUCUUAAUAAAGUAUGUAGUAAUGGUUUAAUUUUGUUAACAAAGUAUGUAGAUGACUGUUGAGUCGGCUUCCGCAGAACUUCAACGGAGCCUCCAGAGGCCCAAAAGGAGCCGAAGGAUCCUAGCCAAUCAGAGUACGAUGGAAUGUUCGAGAAUUCCAGCGUGGCGUGCUAUUAUUGGUCGGUAGCAUAAUAUGACGUUAACGGAUUGGCUGAAAAUAUGAUGUUGAUUUAACAGACGUCAACAUCUAUAAAUACCCUUGAUUUUCUGUACAAAAAUGAACCUUGGGAUAAAUAUUUUCUUUCAUACUUGUGUCUUCUCUUUGGAGUUCGAGUCGCUGUGUAGUUCUAGACUGUGGGUUACCGAAAUAGGAAUCUUAUAUGGCGUUUCAUCGACAAGACGUGUCAAUGACAACUUCUUUCUGUACAAUGUUGUGUAGCCUAUAUGAAUCACAUUUUAUUAGCUGGCAAUAAUCGUCUCUGAGUAUAAAUUAUACUCUAUUAUUUCAAAAUGCUUCUAAGUGGAAGGGAUGAACUGUGUCUGUUCUUAUACUCAAGAGUAAACUGUGAUAAAUAUUUGAACUGUUUUUGCAUUUGAGUUGUUGUACGGACAGGUGGUCUAGCAGAAGUUAUUGGUCUACGUUUAUGGAAAAAAUGAGCAACUCAUAUCAGUUUAAAUCUUCUUUGAUGUUGUUCCGAAGUCAGUUUGGUCAUAAAUCAUUGGGUGCAUAACACUGCGUUACAAGUAGUUUCGCCCUGUGACUAUGAAGCCUAUUCUCUCUGGACUGAGAAUGUUCAAGAAAAUAUGUUUCCAAUUAUCAGUUUUUUAAGUAAUAAUCUUAAUCAGCAACAAAACGUUCAGCAAUACUGAAGUUCGCCAGCGAGUUUUCGUCAAAAAAUAAUUAUCACUAUUCUGUCGGCGAUAUCAUCAUGAAUUCAUUUGAUUCAUGACGUUUCAUUGGCUUAAAUAUCAAACACAUACCCUAGUACGACCGAAUUUGGGGAGAGUCCGCUCCCCCCCUCGAAAUGCUUUCACAUGGCCACGCGCAUAAAAGCUCUGCCAGAAUAGUCCUACUCACUUCCUUCUCAUGGCGGGUGUGUUGUUUACGCAAUUGAGAGAACGAGAAGUGAAUGUCCGGCGCUUUAAUUGGAAUCGUGGAUACAAAGGAUCCACCUAGAGAACUUAUAAAACCUUGAUUCCAAACCAGUUGUGUACAUGGGCUUCAGGAUCCUAAGAGAACAAAUGGCGUAUGAACCAAUCGCUGGUCACCGGUAACCAUGGGACUGCCUCUUCCGACAUUGCUUCACGGCCUUGUGGAUCAGACCCAUAGAUCGAAGGCUCGGGGUGUGGCCCCCUAAGAAAACCUCGUGCUGCGGUUUAGGCACCCUGGCAGUAUCAUAGCCUAAAUACAAGUCAAUUGACUUGUGUGGCGCAUAUGUCUUCUGUUCCCCUUUGUACCAAUAUUUAUUUGUUCGAAUAAAUAAAUUAGUCUGGUGAUUCUGAGAAUGGAGUGAAGGCACGAGUAUAUAGCUAGUCUUUCAAUACAGCAUCGUAGAAUGAAGGUGGGUGUAUUUUUUUUAAUAUCUGUUAUUUUAUCGUGAUUUAUUAGUUAGAGUUAUGGAGAUCAUGCUACUCAGUCGUUUGAGUUAUUAUCAAAUACAACUGAAAAUCAUCUGUGGUUAUCAUAUUAAAGUUGCUUUUGUGUUUAAAACAAAGUGGACGGACUUCUUUUGUAGGGAAAGAAACCAAUCUCAAUUACUUACGCACACAGAUUGUAUUCGUUGUUUUCCUUUAAACCACUUUAUCAUCUUCCUUUUUUUAUUCUUCUUAAAUCUGUAACCUCUUUUUGGCGUUCUAUUCUAUCAAUAUAAUUUUGAUAUUUCAUAAUAAAUAAUAUGAGUAUCAGAAGUAUAAUAAACAAGGAUUGACUUAAUAAUUUCAAAUAAACUGAAAAUUAAGUACAAUGUUAACAAUCAAAUAAUAAUGUAUUUGUAUUAUCUCAAUGAGUAGAAAUUUAGAUUUCCGACGUUUCACGACUUCAUUUGAAUGGCUUCUUCAGAGUAAACUUAAAUUAUCUUGCAAAAUGUCAGUAAUUCUAAUUUCUAUUCGUUAGAACAUCACAAAUCAAUCCUUGUUCGAUUUGGUAAAUUGUUGAGCCAUGAUUCCGAUUCGGAAACCGCAGCGUCACUAAAACCUCAGUCAGUUCAUACUUAUGCUUAAUUUAACUGUUUCAGGUAGGGUUUUUAUAUGAUUUUUAAACAAGUGAUUACUUGCAAUGCACUAUUUCAGACUGAAAUUUUUUAAUCAAGUAGAAAAAGCUGAAGAGGUAAUUCAACAAAUAUAUCGUUUGACUGUGUUACUUAAGGUUUCUUAUGGAAAUAUAAAGCUAUUAAUUACUAGAUCACAACAAAUACACACCUCUCCCAUCGGUUCUGUUUCACCAUAGUGUCAUGGACUUACCUGUCACUUUACAUUAACCUGUAGUAUAUUGAUUUGAAUAAUUAAUUUUCAAUUAGUUAAUACCGAGUUCGAAAGCCCACAUCAUAGAUUAUUACCCUCUAAGCAAUGAGCAAACCUCGUAGUCAGGUACACGAACCCUUACGUGCUCACUGACUUACGUUAAUUUUAAAACGUAAGCUCAAGUAACCUCAUAUGUGAAUAAUAUGCAAUUCUGCUUGUUUAGUUAUAAGUAACUAUGUUGUGCAGUUUGACAUAUUUCCUUCCUUAACAAACCGGUAUUUUGUAAAUUUACAUUUCUUAGAGUUAUCAUUUUAUUUCUGUUUCUGACGAUUAUUGAUCAUAAACACUGUCACUGAAUCAAUAAACAGAGAGCGUUACAGUAUAAAAUUUUGCUAUUAUUGGUUUAUUAUGUAAAAUCUUUUAAUUGAUCUGUGUGUUUGUUUAUAAGUUGCGUGUGCAUCUGCUACUCUAAGUUACUUUUUAUGUCAGUAUGCUUAAAUGACUUAGGCGCCAGAUUCAUAGGGUUUUUUUUCUUAAUUUAGUAAAUGCAAUCCGUUGACUGACUGACUGACUGACUGAAAUGCAAUCCGUACAUGUAGAUUGAAUUAUUUUAAGCUGUAAAACGUCUAAUUACAUAGAAACUUAGUUAUUUCUGUUUGUAGAUGUAAAUUAGAUGGACUAUUUGGUCUUAGAUUUAUGCAGUUAGAAUUUUCUCCUUACCAAAGAUAUUUUUCUGCUGGAUUAAUCUCAUAGGAAAUCCUAAUGCUUAAUAAAAUCGUCGACACUCCUUUUGGGAACCAAGGUGGAUUCUCUCACAGCGGAGAGAUCUUAGUCUACUGGAAUUAAUUUUAAUCAUACUUUCUUUUCAACCGAACAGAUUUAGUACUUAGUAAAAUGUUCCCCUUUUUGUUAAAAAAAACAUUUACAUAUACUUCAUUAGAAUGCUGCAACUCAAUUAAUUCUGUUUCUAAUUCGUAUUACCUUACAAGUAAUAAUUAGUGUAUCAUAAUGACUUAAACAAUACAACAAAUACGGUUAACAGAGCAAUUGCUUACGCACAAUUAAAAUCACUUUGAAUACACUGGGCUCACCAAAAAUCUUUCCAAUGGUAAGUGUGCGUGAUUGGCCAAGAUUAAUUUUGAUUUUCUAAGGAAUGAUAUAUAUAUAUAACCAUAGGAAUCGCUCCUCAUCUAGUAUCAGUGACAAGAUUAUUUUGUGUGCUAUAAAAUGUAUUUUGUCUCUAAAGUUAGCAUCAAUCGUAAGUUCCGCAACUAACAAGAUGUUAUUUUAUAUUACAAGCUUUAAGUAAUUUCAAAAGUAUUCACUGAAGCAUCAAGAACUUGUUUAUGAUACAUAAUUCCUUGCUACAGUACAUACAUAACCAUAAGGACUGAUAUCUUAGAAAAUAUGUAUAAAUCCUAUAUCUAUCCUACUAUUUUCAUGCUCAUGGAUGGAUGAAUUGAAAUGUAGACACUUAUAAACCUUCUCGAAGAAUCUACUUUCAGCUGAAUUUCGCUAAUGAAUAAUACUUAUGUUUACAAUAAAAAAAUGAAACAAUGGCUAAAGUAUACCAUCUUCAACACUGAUAUCCUUGCAUAAAUAAGUUCGAAAAGUCACCCUUCUAACAUGAUCUAAGAGAAUUUCACCAUUAAAAAAGAAAGAAAACAGUACAUUGCCCUACGAAAUGUCGAUUAGUGUUGAAACCUCUGCAGCUUGUGAAAUUCACCACUGCGAUAUGAUUAAAAACGCAUAGUUCUAUUGCCUAAUCUGUUUUUAAACGUUCUUAUAAGUGAGUCCUCUUAGAUUGCAGUUUUGUACUUAACAAAUACAGUUUCCAGUUAUUUUGGUCAACAAUGGAAUUUUGCGAAAACAUUUCCUGUUUGAUUUUAUUGUAGAUGUGGUUUAUUAUUGGAGGAUUAGCUGUUAUAAUUCUUGUGGUUAUUAUUGUUUGGUCCGUAUCUAACAAGCAUAGUUGAAGUAAUAAAUCCCAAAUCUGUUCACGAACUGAAUCUGGAACAUACGAGCUUUGAUUAUGAUUGCUUUAUUUAUUAAAAAAAAUAACUUAUGAUCUCAGAAAGUAUUUUGUAGUAGUUGAAAUGGGAGAUAAAUGCAAAUUGUCGAUCUUCAAA